GUCGCCAUCUCCCCCUCACCUCCUCACCCUCUUUCGGCGGCCAUUGUUGUUUCCUUUGUGGCUUGCGGAGCGGAGCGAAAAGUGGGAGAACGAACAGAACGGAAGGAGAGGAAGAAGGAGGCGGAAGGAACAAAAGUGGCAGCGGCGGUCGAAGGAGGCGGAAGGAGGGGAUGAGAGAGAGCGACGAAGGGAGAGAGAGAGACGCGUCAAAAAUUAAAAGGAGCAAAGUCGACCCUCGGAACGUUGGGCGGACGUUGGAGCCGGCUGCACCUCUUUCUCGCUGACGCUUCCUCUGCAGACUUGGUCUGAUGGAGCAGAGGGACUCAGCGCAGUUCGUUGCAACAAGGCCACAAUGCGACCAGUAUGCAAACAGCACGGAUCGUUCUGGAAACUUGACACAACACCAGAGAACACACACAGGAGAGAAACCCUUCAAUUGCACUCUAUGCCAGAAGGCGUUUGCAGGGUCAUCAGCUCUUAAGAUCCACCAGAGAACACACACAGGAGAGAAACCCUUCAAGUGCAGUCUGUGCGGGAAGGCGUUUGCACAGUCACCACAUUUUCAAAGACACCAGAGAACACAUACAGGAGAGAAACCCUUCAAGUGCAGUCUGUGCGGGAAGGCGUUUGCACAGGCACCACAUUUUCAAAGACACCAGAGAACACACACAGGAGAGAAACCCUUCACGUGCAGUGUUUGUGGGAAGGCAUUUUCAUGUUCAUCUACUCUCAAAAAACACCAGAGAACACACACAGGAGAGAAACCCUUCAAGUGCAGUGUUUGUGGGAAGGCAUUUUCAGGUUCAUCUACUUUUAAAACUCACCAGAGAACACACACAGGAGAGAAACCCUUCAAGUGCACUGUGUGUGGGAAGGCGUUUUCACAGUCAUUUACUGUUGUAAUUCACCAGAGAAAGCACACAGGAGAGAAACCCUUCAAGUGCAGUGUUUGUGGGAAGGCAUUUUCAGAUUCCUCUACUCUUAAAAGUCACCAGAGAACACACACAGGAGAGAAACCCUUCAAGUGCAGUGUGUGUGGUAAUGCAUUUUCAGAUUCAUCUACUCUUAAAAAUCACCAGAGAACACACACAGGAGAGACACCCUUCAAGUGCAGUGUGUGUGGGAAGGCAUUUUCAGGUUUAUCUACUCUUAAAAAUCACCAGAGAACACACACAGGAGAGAAACCCUUCAAGUGCACUCUGUGCGGGAAAGCGUUUUCACAGUCAUUUACUGUUGUAUUGCACCAGAGAAAACACACAGGAGAGAAACCCUUCAAGUGCGGCAUUUGUGGUAAGGCAUUUUCAAAUGCAUUUUCUCUUAAAAUACACCAGAGAACACACACAGGAGAGAAACCCUUCAAGUGCAUAAUGUGCGGGAAGACGUUUGCAACUUCAUCAAAUCGUCAAAGACACCAGAGAACAUACGGGCAUCAGAAGAUCCCCAAGGAGUCAAGUCUGAGUCAAAGUGCUGCAAUGAGCCCAUCCCUUGUGAAAAAAGAACUGGAAGAAAAUCCCAGUUUAGACACUUUGAAAGAUAUCAAGUUGAAAUAUGAAGAGGUCAAUUAUGAAUUUGAAGAAGUGACAGUGAAGAGCGAAGAAGUGAAGGUUAAAUAUGAAGAUUCAACUCCAAAAUCGGACCUUCACAUCGAUGGAAGUAACGUGAAGCAGGAGGAAAAUUCUGACUGUGAGGCAGAGCGAGGCAACUCCCAGCAGUUUGUGGAAGUGGAGGUGUGGGUGGACUUCGCUGCCUGGACUCGCGCGCACUCACUGAGAUCCGAGGGAAAAACCGGAGGAUCCGGAGGAAAAUCCACGCAACCACGGGGAAAGAGAGACACGCAAACUCCAAAUUACAUCCGUAAUACAGCUGACGACGCUUCCUCUACCACUUUGCUGUGCAGAAUUGGUCUGAUGCAGCAAAGGCACUCAGCUCAGCUCGGUCCACAAAGUCAACAAUGCGACCAGUAUGCAAACAGCACGGAUCGUACUGGAAAUUUGACACAUCACCAGAUAACUCAUACAGGAGAGAAACCAUUCAAGUGCACUGUGUGUGAGAAGACAUUUGCACGGUCAUCAAUUCUUCAGAGCCACCAGAGAACACACACAGGAGAGAAACCCUUCAGGUGCACUCUGUGCAGGAAGGCAUUUGCAGAGUCAUCACAUCUUAAAAUACACCAGAGAACACACACGGGAGAGAAACCCUUCAAGUGCAGUGUGUGUGGGAAGGCAUUUUCAGAUUCAUCACAUCUUAAAAGACACCAGAGAACACACACAGGAGAGAAACCCUUCAGGUGCACCCUGUGCGGAAAGGCGUUUACAACGUCAUCACAUCUUAAAAUACACCAGAGAACACACACAGGAGAGAAAUCUUUCAAGUGCACUGUUUGUGAGAAGGCAUUUGCAUGGUCAUCAGUUCUUCAGAUCCACCAGAGAACACACACGGGAGAGAAACCCUUUCGGUGCACUCUGUGCGGGAAGGCGUUUGCACAGUCAACACAUCUUAAAAGGCACCAGAUGACACACAGGCAUCAGAAGAUCUCCAAGGAGUGGAGUCUGACAUCGACUUGUGAAAGUCAAAGUCCUGCAAUGAGCACAUCCCUCAUAAAACAAGAACCAGAAGAAAAUCACAGCUUGGACACUUUAAAAGGUAUCAAGGUGAAAUAUGAAGAUGCGAAGGUGAAAUGUGAAGAAGUGAUGGUGAAGAGCGAAGAAGUGAAGGUAAAAUGUGAAGAUGAAGAUUCAACUCCGAAAUCAGACCUUCACAUCGAUGAGGGCAACGUGAAACAGGAGAAGAAUUCUUACUCUGAUGCAGAGCGAAGCAACUCCCAGCAGUUUGUGGAAGUGGAGGUGUGGGUGGACUUCUUAGACAAUACAACGUUAAAUGGAGACCCGGUAGAUGUGUAAGCUUGAGACAAUGAAGCCCCAAUAGAUUCACCUUUUGUCACGUGCCUUUAAUGCAAGAAUGUGAAGUUGAACACUCAAUUCCGAGGUUCAGCCUGCAGAGUAAGAGCGGCCAGUAUUUAUGGACCUGUGGGUUGUGUAGAUCUCUAACCAGGAGUGAGAGCCAAUGAGCUCCCAAGCAUUCACUAUGUGAUAAAUGCAUUUAUAUGGUGCUUACUUAAUUGCCUCAGCGACUCGGAGUUUUGUAUCAUAUCUCAUCACAAAUACUCGAAGAGCACCCCGUGGUAGCUGCCCCCGUGUGGCAACAGGUGGCCCUGCACCAGCCUUGCAUGUGGGAAUGAGUUUGUGAGUAGGGGGCGAUAAUUGGUGUGUAAUCUCCGUCAUGUAAUUUCUGAAUAAUAUUUGCAAUGACUUAAGCAUUUUAAAUGAAACAAUAGUAUGUUUUACAGCCACUGGAGUAGCCAGGUGUGCCUGUCGGAUUUUAACCUUGAAAUCUCUGAAAUAAAUAGAGAAUGCGC